GUGUGGCUGGCGCGCUUUCUCCAGCAGCCUUUUGAAGAGCUUGCGGCUGUUGGGGCAACCCGUCGAACCUGAGAAGGUCAAGGCGCUCUUGGCGCACAAGAAGCCUGUCUGGAAAUCGUCUGAGUUGGCACAGGUGCUCCACACUUUGAAACGGAGGCGGCGUGCAGAUCUCGUCAUUGAGGUGAUUCGGACCCUGGAGUCAUCCACGAUGAAGCUGGAGCUUCCGCACUACUCCUUGGGCAUCAGCACAUGUGCCAGCGUUAGGUGGUGGCAGCAAGCCUUGGCUUUAUUCCACUCCAUUCCGACUGCGAAACUGGCUCCCAACAUAUUUAGCUACGGAGCUGCCCUGAGCGCUUGCGGAAAGGUGGGAGCCUGGCAGCUGUCUGUGGCCCUCUUCCAGAGCUUAUUGCAGGCAGAACUCAGCCCCGAUGUGGUGAGUUACAGCGCGACAAUCAGCUCCUGUGAAAAGGGAGGAAACUGGCCGUUGGCUUUGCAACUGUUCGACAGCAUGCGCAUGUCGGAGCUGUCCCCCGAUGUGAUCAGUUACGGUGCGGCCAUCAGCUCCUGUGAGAAGGGCACGCGCUGGCAGCUGGCAUUGCAACUCUUCGGGUCUUUGUCUGAGGAAAAGCUUCGCCCAAACGUGAUCUGCUACAAUGCCACAAUCAGCAGCUGCGAGAAAGGUGGGCAGUGGCAGCAAGCUUUGCUUCUCUUGAGCUCCUUUCCGGAAGCCAGACUGGUGCCGGAUCUGAUCAGCUAUUCUGCCACAAUUAGCUCCUGCGAGAAAGGAGCUCAGUGGCAGCUCGCACUUGAGCUUUUUGAUGCAUUGCCUCGAGAGGGCGGGCAACCGGAGAAGGCUUUCAAGCUCUUCUGCUCCAUGCUCAGCUCGCAUCUUCAGCCACAUGUCAUGCUCUAUAGCGGCGCCUUGGUAGUUCAUGGGCAGUUGAAGGCCUUCGACGUCAAGCCGGUCACGAAUGAGGAGUUGCGCCACUUUUCCAUCGGGCUGGGCGCCUGCGCGGGUGCGAAAUUCUGGGAGGGCACUUUGACGGCGAACGCAAGGUUUGAGGAGAUGCAAGGAGCCCUCAUCGCUCCGGAUGUCCCGAGCUACAGCGCCACCAUUAGCGCCUGCCAGAAAGCUGGACAGUGGCAGCUUGCUCUGCAGCUCUUCGGAGGGAUGUUGGGAGCCAAGCUGACUCCCGAUGUCAUCAGCUACAGCGCGACCAUCAGUGCCUGUGCUUCGGAGAGGCGAGUGCAGUGGCAGUUGGCCUUGCAACUCUUUGGCGAGAUGCCGAAACUUCUGCUGGCUCCGAAUGUCAUCAGCUACAAUGCCGCCCUCAGCUCCUGCGAAAAGGCCGGGCAGUGGCAAGCGGCAUUGCAGCUGUUCGACUCUAUGCAUUCUGGCAAUCUCAUUCCUGACAUCAUCAGCCACAGCGCAGCGAUCAGCUCUUGUGAGAAAGGUGGCCAGUGGCAGUCAGCUUUACAUAUCUUCGGAUCUAUUCAGAAGGCGCGCCUCAGCCCUGAUGUUAUCAGCUACAGUGCUGCCAUCAGUUCCUGUGAGAAAGGUGCGCAGUGGCAGGUAGCAGUGCAUAUGCUGAGCCACAUGCCCGCAGCGAAACUUCUACCCAACAUCGUCAGCUACAGUGCCAGCAUAAGUGCUUGCGAAAAAGGCGAGCAGUGGCAGAUGGCACUGCACCUCUUCAGUGUGAUACCCAAAGCCAAGCUGACUCCGACUGAAAUUAGCUACAACGCUACCAUCAGCUCUUGCGAGAAAGGCCAGCAGUGGCAGCACGCAUUGGGAUUGUUCAGCUCCAUGCCAAAAGCGAAGCUCACGCCCAACGUCAUCAGCUACAGUGCGGCGAUCAACUCUUGCGAGGAAGGAAGCCAAUGGCAGCUGUCCUUCCAGCUCUUUUACGACAUGUUGGGUGCUAAACUUACUCCCAACUUGAUACUCUACAGAAGUGCUGUCAGCUAUUGCGAACUGGGUGGUCGAUAG